AUGCCCGCGGUCUCUAUCCUUUACAAGGGAGCCAUCAUCAUCAGCAGGACACUCAUGGGACCGUACGGGAUGGACCGAACCGUGCACUGCUUUGAGUUCUACGAGUGUGCAAAUGGGCUGGGCAUUAAGGUCAUCGGUGGCAUCAAGGAGCUCACUGGGGAAGAAUAUGGAGUUUAUGUCAAGAGGAUCCUUGCAGGAGGAGUUGCUUAUGCAGACGGGCGCCUGCAGCCAGGAGAYCAGAUCCUGGAGGUCAAUGGAGAGUCCUUGAUCGGGGUUACAAGUGAGAGGGCCGUGGACAUCCUGAGGACGGCGUCGGCCACCAGCCACAUGCGCCUGCUGAUAGCCCGCGAUGAYGAUGCCAGGAGAGAGUUCUCUGAGCUGCUGGAGAAGUUUGGUUCCCAGAGCAACACRGGCUCGGCACGGAGCUCGCCCAUCCUGCACGGCAGCAGUCGAUACCUGGAGAGCACCUCCUCGGGCUCMUCSUCMCGCUCGCAGAGCCCGCUGCUGCUGAGCCCUGCAAACUCACACGGCCCCUUCAUCGGGAACCCGGCACACGCCCCUCACGCACACUACUCCAUUGACUCAGGAAUCCAGAGCAUUUCUAUAGCAAGCUGCUCYGGCUUGGGGCUGACCAUCAGUGGUGGGACCAACAGGCCUGAYGGGCCCAUGAUUUAUGUCCAAGAGCUUUUGCCAGAUGGGGACUGCUACAAGGAUGGUCGGCUCCGACCUGGAGACCAACUCAUUGCUAUCAACAGAGAUUCUCUGGUGGGCAGCACACAUGAAGAGGCCAGAAAAAUAAUUGAAAAAGCCAAAUUCAGACACGAGGGAAGCACAGAAGUGGCCUUUAUUCCUGGGAGGGGACGCUUACAUCCCGGCCUGUCCGUUCACAACAACAUCCCAUCCCCWCCCCUGAAGGCUGUGGGAAAUGGCCUGAGCUCCUGCAGGCUGAAGGUCCACGUCAGGUCCCCAGAGAAUAGACGUGAAAAUCCUUUUCCUGUGCCUUCUUUGUCACCAGACAUUUGCCCGCCAGAGCUCACGGUCUCAGCACCUGCUUCAGCUUCUAACUACAAAGCAGCWUCAGGCACCAAACCCAAAGUAGCACUGGAUCCCCAUAUCCGGCUCAAGGAUGGAAAACUGGAACUGGUUCUGCAGUAUCUUGGUCUGGAUGUGACGGAGGAGAAGAAGAGGCAGCUCCGGCAGAGCCUGACCACRGACUCGCAGGGGACGGUGGCCUAUGGAGAUGUUCUCCAAGCACUCAGGGAUCUGAUGCAGGAGGAGCUGGAUGAGGCUGGUCUGGAUUGCAGCUCCAUGCUCUUCACUCAGCACGAAGUGGCAAAUUUGCUGGAUACAUCAGCUUUUCACUCCCCGACCUUUGACUCCCUCAACUGCAAUGGCAAUGAGGACCUGGAGCAGCUGCAGCUGGAGAUGACGGAUCUGAGGCACGAAGUCCGAAGGCUAAAGUCUCUCCUGAAAGAGGUGGAGAACAGCAAGAAGUCGAUGGAGGAUGAGCUUCAGAGACUGAACCAGAAAGCACUGGGGUUCCUGUCAGAGAACCGGACGCUGCACAGCAAACUGCAGAUGGCCGAGGUGGUGCAGAGACAGGCUCACAGCGCAGAGCAGGACUACGAGGAAGUGAUCCACCUGCUGGAGGCUGAGAUUGCAGAACUGAAGAUGCAGCUGGCKGGGAAAAAAGCAAAACACGUCUCUGAAAUAGAGGAGGACAUCCUGGAGCUGAAGAGGCAGCUGUCCCUGGCCGAUAGCCAGCUACGAAAAUCUGAAGUCUCACGGAAGCGCCUGGAGAUCUGCAAUAGGAAACUGCUCCUGUUUGUGCAGAAUGUUCACAAGGUCCUGAGCACACAUAGUCAUUUACCAGAUGAGAAAAGCGUCAACCAUGAAACAGAAGAGGAUAAAACAGAUGCAGUCUCAGACACAUCUCUUCCAUCUUCAGAUCUUGUUGACCUUUUGCUCUCAGAAGCUAGAGAACUGUUAGCGCCAAUCCUCUCCAAGGACGCUCUGCCAUGGGACAGGGACCAGUGCCUGCCUGCUGAAGGAAUCCCAAAUUACAAGGACCACCUUCAUCAGAAGACCACGUGGCCCCCUCCUGCAGGCCAGACCAAGAGUGACCAACCACAGCCACCAAGCCCAACGGAACUGCCUAAGAAGCCAACAUAAAUAUCCCAUGACUUGGUGGUGCUCUGAACCAUGACCAUCCAUCGCACAGGAGAUGGGAAAGACACCCCAGCAAAAGCAGA